AUGAUUCUUGCAUCUCGUCUGCUUUCUGUGGGCACAUGGGCGGCGGUUGUUCUCCAAGCAACCGCCGUUCCCCAUGGCCCAUCCUACUACAAAAACAUGCGCCGACAGGAGGACAGCUGCGGCGCAGUCUCAAAGUACACGGAAAACCCCAGCGUUGAGAAAUGGAAUCAGGCUAAUACCGACGCCUGGCUUGAUCAAUGGUGGACUGUGAAUGCCGACAAGCGGACAAGCAACCCACACGGCUUCGCUGGUGCUUUCGGCAUGUAUGCACUAGGUCAACCCGGUUGGUCGUGCCAGAACAAUGGCAACGACGGCGACUGCGACAUGCCAGUCUGUGACAACGCUAAGCUCAACUCCCUCGGCAACAAUACCGAGCAGGCGUACUAUGUGCUGCAGGCCCUUAACAACCUACACGGUUUCUUCCUCGGCCUGGACCAAUCGUUCGAUAUCCCCUCCGUUGUUACCGCUCUGACCACGGACAAUAUCGUGGGCAAUUUCUGGUUUGACGAGAAUAACUGGAAUCCGAUGAUCCUGAAGCAGCUCCUGAACCUCCUAUCCGCCCUGGUUGCCAUCGUUGCCGGUGCCUUCGCUGCGCCUGCGCUCGCGCUAGCUGUGGCAGGUGCCGUCCCCGGAAUCGCGGGAGCAGGCUCAGCUGUGGUUACUGGUGGAGUGAAUGUAGCCGGUAAUUAUCUCUCAGCAGUAGAUUCGACCGCCCUCACAGAGGCCAAUCUCGGCAGUUUUUUGGGAGACGCAGUCACUUCUAUUUCCGGCUCAUUUGUUUCCAUUAACAACGAACUGAUGUACGGUCAUGGCUACGGCAAUUCUGGCGAUAUCCGCGACUACCUCAAGGGCGGAGCCUGGGUCAACUUUCCGGGACUGCAGAAGAACGGAGCUAAGGAUGUCAUGAUAGCUAUGAUGCAGUCAAUGAUGAUCAACUCUCUAUGGCGUAUGCAACGUGUGUUCAUUCUUGGCGGUGGCGCCUGCGGUGACGGCCAGGGCAUUGGCUCAGGUAUCUCUGCACCCGACGACAACUACAUCUGCGAUGAGAAUAACAAGGCCUGGUACCUGUACUUCUGGCAGAGGGAGUCUGUCCCCGCCGCGCUGAGACGCAAGAAGCAGGGAUGGCUUGCUCGGCCCUGGGGAUCCGAUCGUAUGGGCCAAUCUCCUCGGUUGGAGAGCGAGGGCGGCUCCGGGCCAUUCUGGAAGAAUAUCAAACCACAGGACGCCAUCAUAUCCUCUCUGAAGUCCUUCCAAGCUGCUGGAAAUAACUACACCUCGUCGUCAUUUACCGAUCGCAUGGGCGAGCUGUUCACUGAAAGCACGAAAAUCAAAUCAAACGGUGUGAACAUGGAAGGUCUAUGGACUAUCCCUGUGUGCGAUAUCAGUAAGACCAUCGGUGCCGACUGGCGAUAUGGCAAGAAGCAUGACAUACUCCAUCCGUACGGGUGGGAUGAACUACCAUCCUGGUGCGGACCGAUCUGUGACAAUGACCCGGAUAAGACGAUAGAAUUCUAUCAGGCGGCGAACUUCAAAGAUGACUUCAGCAUGCCAUUCAAAAAAGACUGUGGGUACACUGUCAAGGAGUCGGACGGGGGAUAUUCCUCCAGUCUUUGGUGGGACUGGACUACCAACAAGACGUGGUACCGGAACAUGCCGUAUAAUGGAGGUAAUUAG